AUGAAUGUCGCUACAGGACAAGAGUUGUUGUCAGGAAACAGGCACUUGUAUGUAUGUCUUGGUAUGAAUGUCGCUACAGGACAAGAGUUGUUGUCAGGAAACAGGCACUUGUGUGUAUGUCUUGGUAUGAAUAUCGCUACAGGACAAGAGUUGUUGUCAGGAAACAGGCACUUGUGUGUAUGUCUUGGUAUGAAUGUCGCUACAGGACAAGAGUUGUUGUCAGGAAACAGGCACUUGUAUGUAUGUCUUGGUAUGAAUAUCGCUACAGGACAAGAGUUGUUGUCAGGAAACAGGCACUUGUAUGUAGGUCUUGGUAUGAAUAUCGCUACAGGACAAGAGUUGUUGUCAGGAAACAGGCACUUGUAUGUAGGUCUUGGUAUGAAUAUCGCUACAGGACAAGAGUUGUUGUCAGGAAACAGGCACUUGUAUGUAUGUCUUGGUAUGAAUGUCGCUACAGGACAAGAGUCGUCAGGAAACAGGCACUUGUAUGUAUGUCUUGGUAUGAAUGUCGCUACAGGACAAGAGUUGUCAGGAAACAGGCACUUGUAUGUAUGUCUUGGUAUGAAUAUCGCUACAGGACAAGAGUUGUUGUCAGGAAACAGGCACUUGUGUGUAUGUCUUGGUAUGAAUGUCGCUACAGGACAAGAGUUGUUGUCAGGAAACAGGCACUUGUAUGUAUGUCUUGGUAUGAAUAUCUCUACAGGACAAGAGUCGUCAGGAAACAGGCACUUGUAUGUAUGUCUUGGUAUGAAUGUCGCUACAGGACAAGAGUCGUCAGGAAACAGGCACUUGUAUGUAUGUCUUGGUAUGAAUAUCGCUACAGGACAAGAGUUGUUGUCAGGAAACAGGCACUUGUAUGUAUGUCUUGGUAUGAAUAUCGCUACAGGACAAGAGUUGUUAGGAAACAGGCACUUGUAUGUAUGUCUUGGUAUGAAUAUCGCUACAGGACAACAGUUUUUGUCAGGAAACAGGCACUUGUAUGUAUGUCUUGGUAUGAAUAUCGCUACAGGACAAGAGUUGUUAGGAAACAGGCACUUGUAUGUAUGUCUUGGUAUGAAUGUCGCUACAGGACAAGAGUUGUUGUCAGGAAACAGGCACUUGUGUGUAUGUCUUGGUAUGAAUAUCGCUACAGGACAAGAGUUGUUGUCAGGAAACAGGCACUUGUAUGUAUGUCUUGGUAUGAAUAUCGCUACAGGACAAGAGUUGUUAGGAAACAGGCACUUGUAUGUAUGUCUUGGUAUGAAUAUCGCUACAGGACAACAGUUUUUGUCAGGAAACAGGCACUUGUAUGUAUGUCUUGGUAUGAAUGUCGCUACAGGACAAGAGUUGUUGUCAGGAAACAGGCACUUGUAUGUAUGUCUUGGUAUGAAUGUCGCUACAGGACAAGAGUUGUUGUCAGGAAACAGGCACUUGUGUGUAUGUCUUGGUAUGAAUAUCGCUACAGGACAAGAGUUGUCAGGAAACAGGCACUUGUAUGUAUGUCUUGGUAUGAAUGUCGCUACAGGACAAGAGUUGUCAGGAAACAGGCACUUGUGUGUAUGUCUUGGUAUGAAUGUCGCUACAGGACAAGAGUCGUCAGGAAACAGGCACUUGUAUGUAGGUCUUGGUAUGAAUAUCUCUACAGGACAGGAGUUGUUGUCAGGAAACAGGCACUUGUGUGUAUGUCUUGGUAUGAAUAUCGCUACAGGACAAGAGUUGUCAGGAAACAGGCACUUGUAUGUAUGUCUUGGUAUGAAUAUCUCUACAGGACAAGAGUUGUUGUCAGGAAACAGGCACUUGUAUGUAUGUCUUGGUAUGAAUAUCGCUACAGGACAAGAGUUGUCAGGAAACAGGCACUUGUAUGUAUGUCUUGGUAUGAAUAUCUCUACAGGACAAGAGUUGUUGUCAGGAAACAGGCACUUGUAUGUAUGUCUUGGUAUGAAUAUCGCUACAGGACAAGAGUUGUCAGGAAACAGGCACUUGUAUGUAUGUCUUGGUAUGAAUAUCGUUACAGGACAAGAGUUGUCAGGAAACAGGCACUUGUAUGUAUGUCUUGGUAUGAAUAUCACUACAGGACAAGAGUUGCUGUUAGGAAACAGGCACUUGGUAUGAAUGUAAGUCUGUUUUACUGAAGCAUAAGGAAAGGAUAUUAAUAUCAGUAUGUACAUAUUGUAAGCACGUUUCUGAUCUUAUUGCAAAGUAGAAACCUUGACAAAUGCCUGAAACAGUUGGCUUGAAACACAGAGAAAGAGUUCCACAAUUACAAGUGAUCCGUUUACCGGUAAUUACAAGUUAGGUCAAAUUAGGCUUGGACUGGUAAUUCCUGUCCCGGUGGACAGGCAAAUAAAGUACCUUACAGCGGUA